AGAUUUUAAUCUGAAGCAAUUACUUUAGAAAUUUGAUAUUUUUUAGUCCUUUACAGUUUUCCCCCACUUAGAUUUAGUUCAAAUUCUUGUUGUACUAAUUGUAAUAAACUAGAAAUAGCAUGGACAACAAAUUAUAGUUUUUCAACUAUUUCUCCAGCAGCUUGCACCUUUCCAAGUUAUUCUGGGCCCUACAUGGAUCUUUCCCAACCAUGCAAAUAAUCUAUCUGGAUCUUUCGCAGCUAUGCAAAUAAUUCACAUGGAUCUUGUUAGGGUCUGAAUUGUAGUAGCAAGAACCUAUUGAAAUACCAGAAAAUACAAGCUGUUACAUUAAUCAAUAAUAAACAUGGUUAGAGGGAACUACCUAGGAAUUUUGCCUUAAUUUUUCUCAUGGUGUCAGAUCAGUGAUGGGUCCUCCCAUUGGAAACAUGACAGCAAUGAAUUCCUUCCUGAAGCCAUCAUGAACAUGUCAUCUUGUGGAAAUUUUCCAUGUGCACCACCCCCUGAAGAAUCCUUCCACACAUGAUUCUGUUUUUACAUCACCUCCAUGAACUACAAACUUGUUGUCUGAUGAUUUCAGCAACCAGUAGAUUAUGCAAGCCAAAGUCAAAUCCUUUGCUUGUCUUUCCAGUGAGUACAAGAAACUUCCUCCAGAGAAUGCUUCAGCAAGCAGAAUAUUCGCUAACUCGUCAACGAGCAGAAACAAUCCCCUUGCCAAUCUGUUCACCGAGCAAAAUAGCCAUGUUCCCUUCAGUGAGCAGAGGGCUCCAAAAGGGGAGCACAACAAACUACAAACACAAGACAUGAAGGGGCAAUUGAAGGCUCAGUCCCUCACCGUUGUGGGAGCAAGUCUUUGGGAUUUUUUGAACUUCAUCGUGCCACUCUUCGUCACAAGCUGCAUCUGUUCCCAUAGUGAGGUGCCUGCUGCAUCGCCAACUCCUGCAUCAUCUGAGCCUCUUGAUCUGUUCUUCAUCAGAUUCUUUUUCAAGUUCAUUUUUCUGCAGAUUUCUUCCCAUUUCUGUAGAAACAUGGCAGCUCCUAUUUCUGCAUUCAAUUUGUUGAUUGGUUGCAGUUGCUAUCAGAGAUUCAUGGAUCUCAGCCUCUCAUGUUCUUUCUUCGCUUAUUUGCUACUUAUCUCUUGAAUAAGCCAGAAUUCCUUGUUCUCUCUGCUCAAAUGUUUGCUCCAUUACCCUUUGGUGGUUUUUAUGGCUGUGGUGGCCAUGGAAGUGAGCAAGGCCGUGAAGAUCAUUAUGCUAGACAGAACAUGCUCAAAUGUAAUUUAGGCAUGUCCAAAAUGUUUGCUACAGAUGGUUAUUCACUAGGUCAUCCUCUACGCAUCACCUGUGGGAUAGCCAACCACAACUAGACAUCAGCAAGAACAUGUAGAUCAUUACGGUAGACAAAACAUAUGCCCAAAUGCAUCCAUAGAAAAUUUAGUCAUGUCUUGAUUGUUUGUUACUGCCUUAUUAUCCACCAUGUCAUCCUCUACACAUCACCCAUGUGGCAUAGUCACCUGCAGUUACUCAGAUGGUCCCUAUGUUCUCAUCUCCUCUGGCUCUAGCUCCACUGUCGUAGUUCUUGAGUAUCUCUGUCUUCUUUGGCUCGAGACUGUGAUAGAUGCAUCUCCCAAUCAAAUUAUCUCAUCUUAUGGAGGUGCUUCACAUUUCAUUGAGCUUUCUAAUUAGUACUUGGCUUAAGCGCCUCUCAACAACAUCCUCACUUUUGCAUCAGUCAAUUUGUCUACUAAUUCAUGUUUUCCAAUGGUUCUUUCAUGUUAACAAAAGGAAUUGAGCAAGUUUUUAUUGAUCUUCAUUGCUUUCCUAUGAAUUUUCUACCCCUGUAAUAGUCCACCUUCUUUAACAAAAUAAUAAUUUCCAUGCGAAUAAGUUACUACAUAUUAUAUAGAACAAUCUUUUGGAAUUUGAUUUUUUUUUAAUUGUUGCUGCUUUGACUUUAUUCAUUAUCCUUUUCCUUAUGCCUUGCCUUGAUGAAAUAGCCCUUACUCAUAAAGCAGCUCUUAAAGCAUAGGUGAUUGGAUCGUUGGUAACUUGUGCUUUUCAUCUAGAUCAAGGCUGAUAUAGGAAUGGUGACCAUACUAAAACCUUUGCCAUAUAGAGUGUAAUUGUUUUCUAUUGUAUUCUAAAGACACAAAAUGAGGAUCAGACUGGAACAAUCUUUUAUGCUAUAGUUGAUAAAGUUUAAAUUGACUUAAACAAGUCGGUUUGUAUCUUUAUUUCUUCCCUUUUUUUCCUUAUUUUCCACUUUCAAUGUUUUUAUGUUAUCAACCUAAUUAGAUAUCUAAUUGUUGUACUGGGCCAUCUAGUCUGGUUGUUGGUUUAAUGUAUUGAUAUGUGAUCUGAUCAUUGU